CUUCGUCACUGAACUCUCUCGCACAAUACAAAAGCUCGAGCGUAUUGAGGUUAACGAAUCGCCUCCGUACGCUUUCGUCCUUCGCCUCCACUCUCCUCCCCUCCUCCCUUUCCCCGAUACGGCCAAUGCGAGCGCUCUCCCUCCCUUAGGAAUCCGUCCCCGAGAGCUUCCGUGAUUGCCGGAGGAGCCGGUUAUCCGCGAGUUUCGAUCGGUCGGCGUAGGGUUCCGGCGGGCUUCCGGUCCUUUCUAUGGCGUCGGAGGAUGUGAUGAGCAAGACGAGCGAGUCCGCUGUUUCGACGAUCGUCAAUCUGGCGGAGGAGGCGAAGCUCGCCGGCCGCGAGGGGGUCAAGGCUCCUAGCCAUGCUUUCCUCACCAUCUGCAAGUCUCUGGUCGCUGGCGGCGUCGCCGGUGGAGUGUCGCGAACUGCUGUAGCUCCCUUAGAGAGACUAAAAAUUUUGCUCCAGGUUCAAAAUCCGCAUAGCAUAAAGUACAAUGGAACAAUGCAGGGCUUGAAGUACAUAUGGAGAACAGAGGGUGUUAGGGGACUGUUUAAAGGCAAUGGCACCAAUUGCGCUCGAAUUGUUCCAAAUUCUGCAGUCAAGUUUUUUAGCUAUGAGCAAGCAUCAAGAGGUAUCCUGUGGCUUUACCGGGAACAAUCUGGAAAAGAGGAUGCUCAACUUACUCCUCUAUUACGCCUUGGAGCUGGUGCAUGUGCUGGUAUUAUUGCUAUGUCAGCGACAUAUCCAAUGGACAUGGUUCGAGGUCGGCUUACUGUCCAGACGGAGAAGUCUCCCCGUCAAUAUAGAGGAAUAUUUCAUGCCCUUACUACAGUCUUCCAGGAAGAAGGCCCUCGUGCAUUGUACAGAGGUUGGCUACCUUCUGUUAUUGGAGUUGUUCCAUAUGUGGGUCUCAACUUUGCGGUGUAUGAGUCUCUCAAGGACUGGUUGAUCAAAAGCAAUGCAUUUGGAUUGGUCGAGGACAACGAGCUGAGUGUGACCACCAGGCUUGCCUGUGGGGCUGCUGCUGGGACUGUGGGCCAAACAGUCGCCUACCCACUUGACGUCAUCAGGCGGAGGAUGCAGAUGGUGGGAUGGAAAGAUGCCUCGUCAGUUGUUACAGGCGAAGGGAAGAUUAAGGCUCCCCUCGAGUACACUGGCAUGGUCGACGCAUUCAGAAAAACUGUUCGCAACGAGGGGUUCGGAGCAUUGUACAAGGGCUUGGUACCAAACUCAGUAAAGGUGGUACCAUCAAUUGCUAUAGCUUUUGUCACAUACGAAGCAGUGAAGGACGUCCUCGGAGUAGAGAUGAGGAUAUCUGACUGAAGGAGGAUAUGGGCAACUUCGGGGUCACUGACCUAGCUAUCGUUUUCGCUUGGUCUUUUUCGAGUUAAGGGAAGGAGAUAGCAGAGGGCAGAAAUAUUGCUGGCUACUUAUUUAUUUUAAAAUUAGGGCGGUAGGGAUCCACAUCUUUUAUGUGUAGCUCUUAUUUAUACAUAAUUUUUUUUACGUUCUUCCUUCACCUGGAGCUCUUAGUUUCUUUCUUAUUUAAUUUUUACUGUAUGGCCUGAAAUAAAUGUCGCACCGGAGUUGUCCCUAUCAGUCAAUUGUGGAUUUAUUCUCGUAAUUUUUGGCUGGUUUCAAUUGGACCAUCGACUGGUUUUGCCAAAUAGAAUUCUUUAUGAGCUCC